AUGUUCAAAUUAAGAUUGCCUAUUAUAACUUAUAGCAGAUCUUUAAGAAAAACAAUUUUGGAUUAUCAUAUAUCAGUAUCAAAUGUUUAUUUUGAUUCAGAUUUAGAUUCAUUUAAAUAUUAUCCAUUAAAUUCAGUUAGAUUUGGAGAUGUUUUGGAAUUAGUUGAACCAGAAGGUUACAUUACUGAUGGUAGAGUCAAUGAAAAGUUCUUGAAGUUUGUCAAUAAGACUUCUAUUUUUGAAUUGUAUUCACAGAAACCCUUAUUUAGACUAAUACUACUUGGGGACAAAACCUUAUCUGUUAGUUUUGAACAUACUAUAGCUGAUGGUUUGGUUGCUAAUUAUUUUCAUGAAGUUUUCGUUGAGAAUCUAGCAUUUGUUGAGAAUGAGUUAAAUAAAGAAUUUCUUGAAAAGGAAUAUGGUAUCUUUGACGAUACAAAUAUUUCUUUAGAUUCAGAAUUAUUCAAUUUUGAAAAAGAUCAAAAAUUUAUCAAAAAUUCAUUGCCACCUCCGAUGGAUAUCUUUUUCGAAGAUGUGAAUUUAGAUUACUCUUAUGGAAAUCCAUUGUAUCAUGAAAAACUUAUUCCAAUAGAUUAUCCUACUAAAUGGAAAGGUCGAUAUCCAGCAAAAUUUACAGAUGAUAUUGCAUUCAAAUUGAUCAAUUUUACUCCAGAAGAAACUAAGAAGAUAUUGAUCAAAUGUAAAGAAGAAAAAGUUUCAUUGACUUCUUAUAUCGAAAUCAUACAUGCUUUCACAAUGCAACCAGUAUUUGGCCAAAAAGAUUAUACAACUCAUAGAUGUGCAAUGACAUUACGUAGACAUUUCAAUUCAUCAGUUGCACCAUUGGCUUAUAAGAAAAUUUUAGAUGAUCAAAAUUAUAAAAUAUUUGGCACUCUGGCAAGUAUGGGUUUUGUAUUGAAUUUACCACCGAUUAAGGAGUUUUCAUGGAAUUUGGUGAGAGAAGCAAACAAAAUAAUUGUUGAUGGUUGUAGUAAUAAAAGAGCAUUAAAUGCUUUAAAACCAUGGUUAGACAAAGCAGAUUUAAAAGAUCCUAAAAAUGAAGAUUUAUUUUAUUCACAAUUAAACAAACCAAAAGCAGAUGCUGUAAAGAUAUCGAAUUUAGGAUUAAUUAGAACACCAAAUUAUCAAAUUGAUAAACAAGAUAAAUAUUGGGAAAUAGAAGAUAUGAUUUUUGCGCAAGAUAUGGCUCCAUACGCUUCUGAAUUUAUGCUUAGUGUCGUAUCCACUUUAACUGGAGGUUUGAAUUUCGUUCUAAGUUAUUAUGACUUUUCAUUUGAUGAUUUGGAAGGGUAUGACAAUUUUGAUCAUUUAAUUGAUAAUUUACAUGAUAAUAUGAUUAAUUACGCGCUGUAA